CUUGCUGAAAGAGCUUCCAUUGCCCUAUGCCACUGUAAAUCAAUGUCUCGCUUUUUGCUUAAAAACCCAAAACAAGAUCUAAAAGAACCCUCUUUUAUAUCCCCCACCAUUAAACCCAGAUAAGAAAAACACUGGAAAGUCUAAAGCAAACAACCCACAAAAGCUGAAAAGCCAUUACUUUCGAAACUCUCUUUUUCUGUCAAUAAUGAUAAAACAAAGAAAGAUUCAAAAAUCUUGAAAAAACUGCAUUUAUAUGGGGAAGUUGCUUCCUUCUACAGGGGAAAUUCAAGAACUUUCUAAAAUAUUCGCUUCCUGUAAGCCAAAACGUAGAAAGACAGUACCUUUAAUCAAUUUGAAGCCGAACGAAGUCCGAGUUAACGCGCAGCCACUCAAGGUGAAGAAGAUGGGAGAGAGCUCGCUUUGUCUUGAUGGCCAGAAUCGGGUGCCGCUUUCUCAGGUAGUCUCGGAAUGUGUGAAACGGUGGUUUCAGGACACACUUAAGGAGGCUAAAGCUGGUGAUAUUGCCAUGCAAGUCCUUGUUGGUCAGAUGUAUUGUAAUGGUUAUGGUGUUCCGAAAGACGAUCAGAAGGGCCAUGGCUGGAUUAGCAGAGCUUCAAAGAGUCGAGCUUCUGCAUGGAAAGUGAGGGAUAAACGUCCAGGUUAUAAUGCAAGUGACUCAGAUUCCGAUGAAGCAAAGGAUGAUGAUGCAGAUAAAAUCAGAUAGUUAUUCUUUUUGAAAUAACAGAAGAGAAUUUGAUUCUAUCUGAGCAUAUUCUUCAGUUGUACCCGCAUGCCAACAACAGCUGGAGGCUGAUUAUACAUUUCUAUCUCUCAAAAUUUAUUUGAUUUAGUUGUGUUAUGUAUUUUUUAAACUCUUGGUGCAGUUAGGUGCCGUAUUCAGUUAAAUUGAUAAUUCUCUUGUUCCCAAUUGUUUCUCUGUGAUCCUGUGGAUGACUACUUUAUUGAAUAAGAGAAAUAAUGUGAGCAUUUCAUGUUCA